AUGAGUCAGUCCCGUACACAAAAGGGAACGUCCUCUAGCAGAGGAAGGACGUCUCAGUUCACGUCCUCUAGCCCGUCCUCUAGCCCGUCCUCUAGCACGUCCUCUAGCACGUCCUCUAGCACGUCCUCUAGCACGUCCUCUAGCCCGUCCUCUAGCACGUCCUCUAGCACGUCCUCUAGCACGUCCUCUAACCCGUCCUCUAGCACGUCCUCUAGCCCGUCCUCUAGCCCGUCCUCUAGCCCGUCCUCUAGCACGUCCUCUAGCACGUCCUCUAGCACGUCCUCUAGCACGUCCUCUAGCCCGUCCUCUAGCCCGUCCUCUAGCACGUCCUCUAGCACGUCCUCUAGCCCGUCCUCUAGCACGUCCUCUAGCACGUCCUCUAGCACGUCCUCUAGCCCGUCCUCUAGCCCGUCCUCUAGCCCGUCCUCUAGCCCGUCCUCUAGCACGUCCUCUAGCCCGUCCUCUAACCCGUCCUCUAGCACGUCCUCUAGCCCUUCCUCUAGCCCGUCCUCUAGCACGUCCUCUAGCACGUCCUCUAGCACGUCCUCUAGCCCGUCCUCUAGCCCGUCCUCUAGCACGUCCUCUAGCACGUCCUCUAUCCCGUCCUCUAGCACGUCCUCUAGCACAUCCUCUAGCCCGUCCUCUAGCACGUCCUCUAGCCCGUCCUCUAGCCCGUCCUCUAGCACGUCCUCUAGCACGUCCUCUAGCACGUCCUCUAGCACGUCCUCUAUAGCACGUCCUCUAUAG